CCAGGCCCCGCAGCCGAGCGCCGAGCUGCCGAUCCGUCACUCCCGCAGCCCUCGCUCGCGUCGCUCGUGGCUCCACCCGCCAUUGUAACCCAUACCCCGCUAUGGAGCAUGCCUUUACCCCGCUGGAGCCCCUGCUACCCACGGGAAACUUGAAAUACUGCCUUGUGGUUCUUAAUCAGCCUUUGGAUACACGUUUUCGUCAUCUCUGGAAAAAAGCUCUCUUAAGAGCCUGUGCUGAUGGAGGUGCCAACCACUUAUAUGAUCUCACUGAAGGAGAGAGAGAGAGCUUUUUGCCUGAAUUCAUCAAUGGGGACUUUGAUUCUAUUAGGCCUGAAGUCAAAGAAUACUACACCAAGAAGGGCUGUGAUCUUAUUUCAACUCCUGACCAAGACCACACUGACUUUACCAAGUGUCUUCAAGUUCUCCAAAGGAAGAUAGAAGAGAAAGAGCUGCAGGUUGAUGUGAUCGUGACCCUGGGAGGUCUCGGUGGGCGUUUUGACCAGAUCAUGGCAUCUGUGAAUACCCUUUUCCAAGCCACUCACAUCACUGCUGUGCCAAUUAUAAUAAUCCAAAAGGAAUCUCUCAUCUACCUCCUCCAACCAGGGAAGCACAGGCUCCAUGUAGACACUGGAAUGGAAGGCAACUGGUGUGGCCUUAUUCCUGUUGGACAGCCUUGCAACCAGGUGACGACAACAGGCCUGAAGUGGAACCUCACAAAUGAUGUUCUUGGCUUUGGAACACUGGUCAGUACUUCUAACACCUACGAUGGGUCCGGCCUUGUCACUGUGGAAACUGACCAUCCGCUCCUCUGGACCAUGGCCAUCAAGAGCUAACCUACAAUAUGGCAUACAUCUUGGGCCCGUGCCUUCCCUUACCUGCCCACUGGUUCAUUGCUCAGCAUGACGAAUCACACAGGUGUGCAGAAAGCUAAGCGUCUCCAUAGAGAGCCAUGAGCUUUCGAGGUGUUAGCGGUUAAGGUGUAGCUGAGCAGCAGAGCACUUGUUGCUCGUGUACAAGGCCUUGGGUUCAACCGUCCACACCACAAAAUAAAGAUGGUGGUGUUUAAAGAAGCCAGGCUAUGCUAUAAAUGAUAUCUCAGUGUUAUAUUGACGGAAAAAUUAUGUUCUAUCAAAGCAAUUAUACUUUAUUAAGAGAG